AUAAUGCCACCCCUUUAAUAACUGCAUGGUUUCUCCUAUGUUAUAAACUUGUCCUUAUUGUAAAAUCUCAUUCUUCUAUUUUCUGCUUAAAUUGCUGCUGACGGAUCUGAAUUUCCCUCAGUGGGACAAUCGGUUUCUAUCCUAACAUUUAGCUCCUAAACUUUUGCCUGGCUCCAUCCUCACAUGACAGAAAUACAUUUCAUGUUGCUACAGAAAGCAAACUGUUGGACUUUUAGCUCCUAGUUCUUAUUUUCUGGUGACUUUAACCCAAGAUUUAACUAGAGCAUGUGAACCACAGUUAUAGUCAAGCAACACUCCUGUUUUGUAUACAGAUGUCUGUAGUUUCCACUCUUUGCUUAUGCAAAUAGUUGAUCAGUCUCACAUUUCUUUCUUUCUUAUCUUCUUCCUAGUUUGAGAUUAUCACAAUUCCAGAGAAUCCAGAAAGCCUUUCCCAUUACUUCAGCGUCUGCUGGUUCAGUAAAUAAGCUCUUCAGCUUCAAAACAUUAUGAUUAAAAAUGGGAAACAGCAAAAAUUAUGGAUGUUUCCUGAAAUCUUCAUCUUGUAAGCACAAGAAAAGAAAAGCAAUGUCUCCCACUCACUGUUAACGUUACAAAACUUUACUGGAUGAAGGUCUGUGACUUUUCUGAACCUUUCAGGAGGAGACCGGUCCGAUCUGAUAGCAGAUCACUCCAGGCAUCCAAACACUGCUGACAGGUUGGAGUCAUAUGCAAAUAGACUAGUGGAAAGUUCAUAGUGCCUUCUGCUGAUAUUAGUUUUAACUCGAAAGAAAAACAUUGGAGAGGCUUUCUAUAAAACAUAGUCAUGCAAAACUUCGUCUACGUCCAUGACGACCUGGGAGAUUUAGAGUAAUGCUGACCCAUUUUGGACCUAAAAUCUGUUUCCUUUUUGGUUCUGUUGUCUGUUGAAACUAUUUUAAACCCAAGCUUGCUUGUCCUGUCGUCUUAUUUGCAUUGCUGAGCGGAUCUGAGAGUUUUCCGGACACGGUUCAUUCAGGACCGGACUCUGUGGUGUCAGGAUGAACUCCACGCUCAUCUCCUGCAGCUCCAACUCCUCAGUGGAGCAGCACAUGUACCCCACAGUCUACUCUUUAUUCUUUAUCGUGGGGUUUCCAGCCAACUGCCUGUCUCUGUUUGUAGCCUGGAAGCUGGCGCUGCAGGGGAACAACAUGGCGGUCUAUCUGGUCAGCCUGUGUGUUUCGGACCUGCUCUACACGGUCACUCUGCUUGUUUGGAUCGGGAUGGCGCAGCGCUGGAACGUCUCUGAUCAACUGUGCGGUGUGAUGUAUCUCAUUAUGUACAACAGCUUCUACGUUGGCUCGGGUCUGCUCUGCUGCAUCUCUGUGGACCGCUACCUGGCCGUGGUCUACCCGCUGCACUUCCACUGGGUCAGAGAGGUCAGGGCCGCAGCUCUGCUGAGCGCUGCCGUCUGGCUCCUGGAGAUUUUUCUUCACAUUGUCUUGCUUCACCACAUGGGGGCGUUGCAGUCAUUCAACUUGUGCCACCAGCCGAUGCCACUGACUUGGAAGGACGCCGAUGUUGCCCUGGUUCGGGUGGUGCUCAGCUUCCUGUUUCCUCUGGUCGUCAUGACGAUGUGCUUCCAGCAGAUCAUGCAGUCGCUCAGACAGAGCCGUUCCGUCCUGGAAGAGCGGCGGAAAGUCAGGCUGCUGCUGCUCACAUACGUCGCCUCCUUCGUGCCCUACCAGACCGUCAUGUACUGCGGCUGGGCCCGCAGCCUCAGAGACCCGUAUCUGGUCACGGUCGCCAUGACGACCCUGAACAGCACUCUGGAUCCCAUCAUCUACUGUUUAAUUAAUGAGAGCGCCAAGAGAGAGAUUUUGAGAGCGAUAAACAGAGGGAGAAGUUUCAUCAAAAGAGCGACACGGAUCCAAGCAGUUUCCUGAAUUCCUCUUCUGCUAACCUGCAUCCAUAUUUAGUUUUAUAUCAAAUGAUCAUGUACAAAAUUAUUUAAUUUAGCAAAUAUAAGCAAUGUUGCUUUUUAAUUCCACGGUAAUUGCUUGAUACGUGGACUGAAGUCAACUGAAGGGGGUGAUUACUUUCUGUAAAGAAGGAAGUCAUUAAUGUUUGUGUAAAAUGUUUUUACAGUGCUUUCUGAAAGGAAACAAACCUUUAAAAGGAAAGUCUCCAAAAUCAUGUCUGUAUUAUUAUUAUUAUUUAUUAAUCUGCCAAAUAAAUGGGAAGUGAAUUUUAUAUUUUUGAUAGUUUUAUCUUGGUAAAUACUUAACAGUUCAGAUUCUUUAAGUGGCAGAACUGAAAAAUUAUUUACAGUUCUUUCUAUUUAUUUUCAUCUGCACCAGACUUUUUGGCAAUCUAUAAACCUUCCAUGGAGGAAUGAAUUCAUUAUUGGACUUUUGUUUAAUUAU